AUGGUCAGCACCCAGAUACCAGGGGGGAGCACGAAGAUGGGACCAGUCGCCUACUUCAGCCUCUGCCUUCUUGGCUGCCUGAUCUUUAACCCCUCGCUGGAAGGAAUAGGGGCCACGUCCUGUCUCCCUAACUGGCUGCUCUACCAAGGCCACUGCUAUGGGUAUUUCCUUGAAAAGAUGACCUGGUCAGAUGCUGAGAUGCAGUGUCAAUAUCACCGCAAAGGGGCCCAUCUCGCCUCCAUUCUCACUGAGGCAGAAGGGGACAGGGUGGCCAGAUACAUCAGCAACUCGCACUCCAAGGAUAGCGUCUGGAUCGGACUGCAUGACCACCGGCAGACCAGAAGCUGGAGGUGGACAGAUCGCUCCCCGUAUUGCUACAAUGCUUGGGAAGCCAAGGAACCAAACAAUGAUAAUGGUGGCGAGUACUGUGUCGAGCUGCUGAGCAAAAGGGGUUUUAAGAAAUGGAACGAUAUUCCCUGUAAUAAGCAAACCAACUACAUUUGCAAGUAUGAACUCUACUGA